AUCUCAUGCAGGGCUUCUUCUAGCAGGAGACGCCAGAACACAAAAAGUCUCCGUAGAAGCGACUCGAGAUUGUUUAUUUUACGCACGGUUGCACAGAAAUUGCAACCACGGUUUAUUUUUUUUUUGCAGCGCGCUCUCUCGGGCCUGUACAGCCGCGCCAUUGACUCGAGCCCGACUCUGUGCACGCGAUGCUCGCCAGCCCGGUAACCUCGACGCCUUUCUCGGUUAAGGAUAUCUUAAAACUGGAACAGCAGCAUGUGUUUAACCAGCAAGGCUUUUCCAGCCCUGAGCCGGACGCGGCUCCGCUGCAGUCUUUGCAGUUUCAGUGCAUGCACAGUGCUCUCAGCCGGAGCCUGGAGCUGCUCUACAGCCCGGACAAACCCGCCUUCAGCCCGGGGGAGCAGAUGAAAUGCGCCCUCAGCGCUGAGGACUUCGGCUCCUGCGGCUCUCCGACAGAAGAGGAGAGGGAUCAUCAAAGCUCUAACUCAGGUGCAUGCGAAUUAGAGGAGUCGAGCUGCGCAGAUGGGAAACCGGAAGAGGCGCCGGGAGACAUGCAGAAGCCGCGCUCUCGCCGGAAACCGCGCGUGCUCUUCUCCCAGACUCAAGUGUUCGAGCUGGAGCGGCGUUUCAAGCAGCAACGCUACCUGUCCGCGCCGGAGAGAGAGCAGCUCGCCGCCGUGCUCAAGCUCACCUCCACACAGGUCAAGAUCUGGUUUCAGAACAGGAGGUACAAGUGCAAGCGGCAGCGGCAGGAUAAGAGCUUGGAGCUGGCCGGUCACCCGUUGCCUCCGCGCAGAGUAGCCGUCCCGGUGCUCGUGCGAGACGGAAAGCCGUGUCUCGGCGGAAGCCACGGAGCGCCCUAUAACGUCGCAGUGGGUUCGUAUCCGUACAACAACUACUAUAACAGUUAUGGAAAUAACCCUUACGCCUGUAACUUUACCGGAAUGCCAUCGUUCACCAACAGCACGCAAAUCCCUAAUCACAUAGUAGAUAUGAAUCUCAGCAUGGGGAGUGCUGAUGGAGCUCUUGGCCAGCAAGGACCGUUUCAGACCACGUUAACCGGAAUCAGAGCUUGGUGAAGAGACUGUGAAAAAAUAAAAAGACUCGAAACUGACACUCACAGUGACAUGUGAUAAGACUGAUCUGGGCGAGUUUCUCCAAAACUGUAUUGUACAUAUCACAACGACCAUGGAUCAUGCAUAGGCUACAUCAGAAUCCCAGGUGCUUCCAAAAGGUCAUGCAUUCAUACUAGAAAACGUCCUAAUGGUCAGUUUAACACUGUCUGAGACCAAUCAACCACGUGUGUGUUCAUUUAAUACUGGGGAUUUUUCUGUGUACGUCUGUAACUCUAAAGAUGAUUUAAUCAUGACCAUGUUUUUGGAAACUUUGUCCUGAACUGGCACAGGUGAUUUUUAUGUGCAAAUGUUUCGUGUAUUUGAAGUUUUGCAUAUAAACCUUUCAAUAAUAAUAAAAUAUACUUCUUAUUAAGACUAAUUAUUAAUAUAUACUUUUUUGUGUGUGUUUACAUGACCUAUCCUGAUUUCUUACAGUGGGAAAUAAAAGGAAAGGUCCAUAUAAUUCGGCUUGCUCACGCACCAAGUGUGUAUUUGGACACAAGCAAAUGGUAAAUCUUUGUUUUUUAUUUUUAAAGAAUUACUGGGGC